AUGGCGAGCGCAUUCAAGCUGGACGGCCAGGGGCCGGCGCAUGGCAAUACCAACACCCCGUCGCCGCAGAUGCACCAUCUUGACAGCCCUUCCAAUGCCACCGUCUACCAGACCACCGGCCCCGACGCCCACACCAGCCCAAUCCUGGCCACCGAUGGCUCCGGGCCUGCGGUGAAUCCCCGAUCCUGUGUGACAUGCCGCCGACGCAAAGUCCGCUGCGACAAGCAGAUGCCGUGCUCCAACUGCCGCCGCGCCCUGAUCCCCUGCGUCUUCCCCGCCCCAGGGCGAGCUCCCCGCCAGCCGCGACCGAGAGACCCCAACGCCCCUCCUAAGAACACGAGCCAGCGCGAGGCUGAGCUGGUCAAGCGAUUGAGGAAACUGGAGGGCAUUGUGGAGGAGCUGAGCGGCCAGAUUGACUUUGAGGGCGUCGCCAAGGCCUCUUCACCGGGCGAGUCCCCCGAAGCGUCUAAUGCCGGCGCUGCCGGCGUCAGGCGAACCUCUUCAAAUAUCCAGGGCAGCAUCUCGAGAAGAGGCACUGAAAAAAAUGCGCCGGGAUCUUCUGGCUCUGGUCCAAGCCCGAAGGACACAGACUCUGUGAGCGAUAUGGGCAGCGACGCAGCGCAUAAGAGGGAUGUCAGUCAGCAACUUGGUCGGUUGGUCCUGAAUGAUCACAAGGGAAGCACUCGAUACGUGAGCUACGGCUUCUGGUCGAAACUGAAUGACGAGCUCGAAUCAUUGAGGAACGAUUAUCAGAAAGUGACCGAUGAAGAGUCGGACUAUUCAGACUACGAUGAGACGCCUGUCCAUAGCCCGGAAGGCCCGCCCGGUUCCUCUGGAGAUCACCAUGCUUUCAUUUUUGGCUACAAAUCGGCCGAUGUCGAUUUGCGGGGUUGUCACCCGCUCCCCUCUCACAUACCUUUUCUGUGGUCUGUCUUCCGAGAAAACGUCGACCCGUUAAUUAAAAUUCUCCAUGUUCCCACGAUGGAAGAAAUACUACGAGACGCGAGGAAGAACCCUUCCAAUCUCUCUCCUGGAAAUGCGGCCCUGGUGUUUGCCAUAUACUACAGUGCCGUGGUCUCUAUGGAACCUGAAGAGGUUCGAACAAACUUUAAUUCCGAAAAGGACGACCUAUUGAAGAGAUAUCGAUUUGCCUUGGAGCAGUCGCUCGCAAAAGCAGAUUUUCUAAACUCUUCCGAGUUGGUUGUGCUUCAGGCUUUUACUAUAUUCAUCACAGUGGUUAGGCGGUUCGACCGAAGCCGUUUCUGCUGGACCCUGCUAGCUCUUUUGAUACGAAUCGCCCAUGGCAUGGGCCUUCAUCGCGAUGGAUCCCAGUUAGGCCUUACUCCAUUCGAAACAGAAAUGAGAAGGCGGUUGUGGUGGGGAAUUCUGGCCCUCGACCUUCGAUCUGCAGAAGAGUUGGGGACCGAGUUGUCGAUUUCAGAAACGUCAUAUGAUACCCAAUUGUUCUUAAACAUCAACGACUCCGACAUCCACCCGGCCAUGAAGGAGCCUCCUGCACCACGAGAGGGAAGAACUGAUACCUCAACAGUCCUUACUCGCUAUGAGAUGAUGGUUCUUACGCGCCGCCUCUUCACAGAUUUGCCUUCGAAGAAUAAUCAGAUCUCGCAUGCCGACCUUGUCAAUAUGCAAACGCAUCUCUAUCAACGUAUUAAGGAACGAUACCUUGCCUACGCCAAAGGUGAUUCAGAUCCGCUAUGGUGGAUGGGCGCCACUGUUAUUCGUAUUAUUAUGGCAAAGAUGCGCUUGUUCAUGUACCAGCAGAGCAUAUUCCCCGGUGCUGACGCAGAGCUCUCUUGCGAUAUUCGUCAGAGCAUCUAUCUCGCUUCCAUCGAAAUUUUGGAGCUCUCUGAAAAGCUGGAUUCGGACGCUAAAUGCAAGCAGUACAAAUGGCUGUUCUUAACAUACAGCAACUGGUUUUGCCUUGCGUUCAAUCUCAUCGAGACUUGCCGCCGGCCUUGGACCCCUCUCGUUGAGCGUGCCUGGGAAAUUGUUACCCAUUUUGACAACGACUCAAUUCACUUCACCAAGAACCCAGGCCACUCGGCCAUCUUGCUACCUAUGCACAAACUUUUUGCCCGCACGAAAAGGCACCGGGCAAGUGAACUUGCUCGGUUCCAGGCCGACCCAGAGGAGGCCCGGCGCCUUGACUUCGAGGAGCAAAUGCACCCUACCGAUAGUCGCUUCGGACCAAUCCCCGGCUACGAGACACGCAUGGAUGAUGUCAGGCAGAGAUGGUGGUUUAUGAUAUCACCCGAAGGAGGGAAACUACCUACGGUUGAACAAAUCCGGGCUGCCGCGCAGGCGGCUGAUGAGGCCCAGCCACAGCCGCUUACUGACCCAACGAGGACAACGGAUAUGUUUCAGCAGAACGAGAUCCCUGGAAAUCUGGAAUUUCCGGAUGAGGCCAUGGGGAUCAUGGAUGAGAUCAUGUCACAGCCAAACCUGCCGCUAUCAGCUCUCUGGCCACUACACGAGAUUGGCGGCGCCGUCAAAAGCCAACUCGGCACUUCUCUUACACCUGGUUCAAGCGCUGUAACUCAACAAAUGGUCAACAACUCACUCAGUCAAGAAGUAUUAUCUUUAAAGCAGCAGGCAGCUGCCCGAAAGGAGACCACCCAUGUGCCCCCCUAUCUUUGGACUGGCACCUACGAUUAUCCAGCACAGACCGUCACGACGGCAAAUAUGCCCAGUACGCAACCCGUGGACAUGGAAAUGCUUGACGCAGGCUUUGACUGGCGGGACUGGGGUCAGAACCUUCAUAAUCUAGAUAUGAGUGGUAUGCCAUAA